AGUUUAAUUUCUAAUUAACAGAAUCAGAAACAAGACAUUAUUUACAACACACAAUAGUUAAAGUAACAUGGAAAAUGUUACAAACACAGCCGACACAUGGUUCCAACAGAGUUGGUUUCUUUGAAACCAAGCUUUUCUUACUCACUCACUCAUCCAAAUCUAGUACUACUACUACAACUUCACUUCAAAUCUCACUGAUUCAUUAAUUUUCACAAAAAUGGGUUCAGUUUCUCUGAAAAUUGGAGAUGGAACAGCAAGAUUCAAAAGAGCAUCACUAUGUUCUUCAGCUGUUAACAUUCUCAUGAUUUUCUGUGUUAUCACAACAAAUCUCUUUGCUCUUUAUGCUUUCACAUCUUCCUCAAAAAACCACACCAACAACAAUAACAACAACCUUGUACACAACAAAAACAUCUCUCUUGUCUCAGAACAAGUCUCACUCAUACUCAGAGAGAUCGAUUUGUCACAAAAGAAACUAGCCCAGAUGGAAAAACAGCUUCUUGGUUAUGAAAGAUUUGAUCUUUCAAGACCCAACAUUGCAGAUGAGCUCAAAAUCUUCCUCCAACACCACCAGCUUCCACUUGGCAAAGAUUCAAGAACUGGGAUCACUGAAAUGGUUCCAUCUGUUGGUCAUUCAUGUGAGAAAAAUUCAGACUUGUUGUCUCAAUUCAUGAGUUACAAGGUUUCUGGAACUUGUCCUGAUGAUUGGAGUGUAGCACAGAAACUGAUCUUAAAAGGGUGUGAGCCAUUACCUAGAAGAAGGUGUUUUUCUAAAACUGUUUCAAAAUUAGGUUUUUUUCCUUUUCCUAAUUCUCUUUGGAAGCCUCUUGGUAAUAACACAUUUAAUUGGAAUGGUUUGAAUUGUAAGAGUUUUGAGUGUUUGAAAGGUAAGAAAUUGAGUAGAGAUUGUGUUAAUUGUUUUGAUUUGGUUAGUGGUGGAAAUGAAAAUCAGAAAUUUGUUAAGGCAAAAAGUAAAAAUGAUUUCUUGAUUGAUGAUGUUUUAGCAUUAGGAAAUGGUGGAAUUAGAAUAGGGUUUGAUAUUGGUGGUGGUUCUGGUUCUUUUGCCGCUAGAAUGUUUGAUAGAAAUGUUACUGUGAUUACGAAUACUCUUAAUGUCGAUGCACCAUUUAGCGAAUUCAUUGCUGCAAGAGGACUUUUUCCGCUUUACUUGAGCUUAGAUCAUAGGUUUCCAUUUUAUGACAAUGUGUUUGAUUUGAUUCAUGCUUCAAGUUCAUUGGAUGUUGGAGGAGGGAAGGCAGAAGGGUUGGAGUUUUUAAUGUUUGAUAUCGACCGAGUUUUGCGGGCCGGUGGUUUGCUUUGGCUUGAUAAUUUCUUUUGUGUUAGUGAAGAGAAGAAACAAACUUUAACAAGGUUGAUUGAAAGGUUUGGAUAUAAGAAAUUGAAAUGGGUUGUGGGCGAGAAAGUUGAUAUUGUUGGAUCAGGCAAACCCGAAGUAGUGUUGUCGGCUGUUCUUCAGAAACCGGUUAGGGGUUAAAGGUUAGGAGCUUAGCUUAUACAAGAAAUAUUGCAACAUUUGAGAAGAAUCUUGAUUCUGCUAUAUCUCUUUCGCGCGUAAUUUGUGCGAAUGAAAUUGUUUCCAACAUCGUCAUCAAAUCUUAGAAGUGGAUUAAGUACAAGAAUUGUUUCCUUACCGAUCAUAGACCAACAUUUUGAGGUGACAUAUAUAUCAUGUAUUUUUAAGUUAUGUUCUAUAUCUUGUUCUAGAUUUGUUGUAAUUGAUAAGUUGCUGGAAAAUGGAACAAAAACAAUAAUGAAUUACAUUUUUGAAGUCAA